AGUAUGCAUUUGUUAAUAAAUCAAGUUUUUUAUUGUGGGUUGUAGUUGCUGCCGAUCAAAUUUGUGAAGGCUGCAGGACUAGAACAUAAAGAGAGCGUAAAGUUGAAGGAUCAUGAAGGAAAAGAGUGGACAAUGAGGUUAACGGCGGCACACGGAAAAAAAGGAUCAACGAGUGUCGUAUACAGCUUAUUAGCAGGAUGGGCAAUGUUCCGUAAGCAUUACAAGUUAUCAGAAGGUGAUGUGGGCACAUUCACGUUUGACAAGCAACAAGGCGUCAUAAAUCUAACUCAAUUGAUCAAGAGCAAAAGACCAAUCAAACAAGAAACUCCAAUGGGAACACAAUCAUGUUAUGGUGAUGCGAAUGUUCAGAUUGAUGAUCAAUGGUCGCCAACUGAGAAACCUUGCAGCAGCGGUGGUGCUGGUGUGAAGGUUAAGACCGAAUAUGAGUCGGGUCCUGAGAUGGUAGUGGUGAAGGAAAAUAGGAGAAGGCCGCCGUUGAAGAGAUGUGCAGAAGCUAAAAUUGAAUUUGAAUGGGUUCCAGAGAUGAUGAGGAAACCAAAGAGGGAAAUGGCGCCACUUGAGAAACCGAGCAAGGGUGGUGGUGUGGAGGUAAAUGCUGGAAUGGGGGCGGAGAGUGUGUUUCGAAGUAAGCAUGCUUACUUCUAAUGAAAUGGUGAUCGUUUGAUGGUGGUUGUGGCAGUUUUCGUUGAAGAUCGUUUAAUUCGCGUGUGCUUCUUGAAUUAAAGCGGGUGAUGGUGUUGGCGGACGACCGCACAGUGUAGUUAAUCU